AUGCCUUAUCCACACGAAGACCCGCGCCUCGUCGUACUCGGCCUCGCCCUCGUCGGCGUCCUCUGGAUCCUGCUGGCACCGGGCAACGGCGGUGCCUCCCUAUUCUCGCCGUCCGAUCUCGCAACGCAGAGACUGCAACAGCACAAGCACGCGCUCGAGCUGCUCAAUAGCUCUUCAUGGGGCGAUUUUGCACCACGGCGAAAUGGGCCCACCGAGUUGCCCAGAUCGCUCAACAUUACGGGUUUCCGUGCAGAAGACGGCUUCGCAUGGGAUGACCUUGAAAAGUUCCGGGAGAGGUGUCUCGAAUGGAGCCGGAAUGCGAUACCACCCGUCGGAGGAGUGAAUCUGUGGGAUACUGGUGAGGGCGAGGCUGUUUGGCAGAAUGCCACGGGCGCUGUAAAGGGCAGCUGGGUUAGGAAGGAUGCGUCAGUGAAGAGGCAGUGGACGAGUUAUAACCUGAGUGCUAUCACUCCGAGUUUGCAUUGGAGCGGCGCGCAGGCGGACUGGGCUAGGAAUAUCACGGGUGAGGAGGGCAAGGUUCUGCUGGAUCUGAUCGAUACCGGACGACAUACGAAGGAAUUUGAAUAUUCGAGUGACUUGGAAGAUGGCACUCCCACGUCUGGCGGUAGGAUCCGCAGUGCUAAGGCAUCUCUAAAUGUUGAAGAUGUCAAGGGCACCGGGAUCAACUGGGAGAUGAGGCUACACGGAAUUCAGUGGCCGCAUCAGGGCACUAUCCUUUUGACCACAACGAGCGAGAAGUUUGAUGGGAUUUUUGGACUGCCACAUCUCACACCCAGCCCCGACUUUUUCCAAUCCAGCCAAAAGCUCCUAAAUGAAACUCUUGCGGAGGUGCUGCGGAGGAAGGAGAAAGAGGUGUUCAACGACGGCGUGAUGCCCUGGACAUCGGACCCCUCCAACCCGCCUGACACCCUCAACCCGUCGCCGCACUGCGAGUACAUCAUGUAUGCGCAGGUCCACCCGCCGGACAGAAGCCGCCUAAACAUGAAGGGCUUCCAGCCAAGCAGGGAGGGCAUGUCGCGGAUCAUCAGUGAUAUUGAGCACGAGCUCCGCUUCCCUGAAGGCGCCCCUAUCCGCGGCGUCCCGGAACUGAAGCUGUCAGCAAUCAUCUGGUCACCCGACUGCGGAUUCUUCCUCGAAACAAAGGGACCCCCGGACUUUCCGCCUGUUGACGGCCAGCACUUGCAGGGAAUGAAGACGGAAAUCAUAUACUACAAAAUUCGCGUAUGGAUCCUCGCCUUCGCGGGCGUUAUCAUCGCCCAGGCGCUCCUCCUUAAACACCAGAUGAAAGACUCUGCCACUCCGUCCACCAUGGGACGUAUAAGCUACUCGACCAUCAGUAUGAUGGUUAUGGUCGAUGGCAGCAUCUUCGCUGCGGCGUCCAUGUGGGCGCUAGACGCGAGCAUCACUUAUCUCGAGUCUUUGUCCCUGCUCUUCGCCGCGUUUCUUUCCAUGUCCAUGGGCGGAUUUUUCCUUGCCGAAAUCCACAAGGUGCAGGAGCCGGAGAACAGGAGGCGUAUCGAGCGUGAGCAAGCUUCAAACGCAGAUACGCCGCGCACGCCGGCUACCCCGCCACAAAGCGUCGAUGCGGACUCCCUCCCGCGGCCCGUCACCGCCGGCCCGCGUCGUAGAGCGCCCUCCCCUCCGAUCAUCGUGCCUUCGGACCAGGAUAUCGACGCGGAACUUGAUGCAGCAGCGAACGGCGCCGCAGCCGUGCCGACGGCAGGCACCGGAGGCGCCUCCCGCACUGGGCCCGAAGUCACGUUCCAAUCCGUCAUAUUCCGCUUCGCAAUGAUCGUUUCCGUCCUCCUCCUCGUCUCCAUCGCUUCCACAUCGUGGUACCCCCGCGUGCGUAACCUCUUCGUCAACGGCCUUUCCAUGGCCUACUUUUCCUUUUGGGUGCCGCAGAUCCACCGUAAUAUCAUCCGCAACUGCCGUCGGGCUCUGACAUGGCGCUUCGUGAUCGGCCAGUCGGUGCUGCGGCUGCUCCCGUUUGCGUACUUUUAUGUCUACGAGGACAACUUCCUGUUCGCAGAGACGGACCCGCGCGCGUUUCUUAUCUUCUGCGCAUGGCUGUGGAUUCAGCUCUGGGUUUUGGCCUUCCAGUUCGUCCUCGGUCCGCGAUUCGGCAUCCCAAAGAGCUGGACGCCCGAUGCGUGGGAUUACCACCCGGUGCUUCGCGAGGAUGGCGUAGAGGCCGGCGGGCUGCCGAUCGGUUUGCUCUCGGAGCCGGGCUCGCCUUCUCUAGACCGCGUGAGGACGGGCGAGGACAAGAAAACGGCCAGCAACCUCCGAGCCAUCGAUUGCGCCAUCUGUCGAGAGGUGCUCGAGGUUCCGGUUAUGAGGGCUGGCGAAGAAGAUCCAACCGCCGGCGGCGUCGUCGGUGUCUUCACGAGGAGGAACUACAUGGUGACGCCGUGCCGGCACAUAUUCCACAGCGCGUGUCUUGAGGGCUGGAUGCGGUUCAGGUUGCAGUGCCCCAUUUGCCGUGAGGAGCUGCCGCCGUUGUAA